AUGUCCUGGGAUCCUGUUGGUGACACGGGUGCAGGUGGUGGUUGGGGAGCUUCUGCAGGCGCUGGCGUUGACGAAUUCGCUUCGGGCAACGUCCAAGACGAGUUUGCUUCGGGUAAUGUCGAGCUUGCUCAAGAUGAGUUCAGUGGAGGCAAUGUUGCUACCGGCGAAUUCUCGGGCGGUAACGCUGAAUUUUCUGGUGAGGGAGGUGGCGAAGGUGGAGGUGGAGGACGCCCUUUCACCUGCUACAACUGUGGACAGGAUGGGUUAGUAUUCAGUGAAAUGCUAAGUUCUCUUUGGGGUUUUUUGCUAAUUGUUCUCAAGUCAUGCAGAGGCCGAUUGCCCAAACCCAGCAGUUCCUCGUGAGUUCACUGGAACUUGCCGUCUCUGUGAGCAAACUGGUCAUCGUGUAAGUUGUCUUUGAUGUUAUUAACUCCAAAUGCUAAAACAUUUAGGCUGCCGAUUGCCCAACCAAGCCAGCAGACAUCUGUAAUAACUGUAAGGAGGAAGGCAAGUCACCCAAUAUACUGAGUUGCAACUACUAACAUAUGUCCAGGUCACAAGGCCUUUGCUUGCAAGAACCCCCGCAAAGUCGAAUACCCCAAUGUUGAGGAUAUCGCUCCUGAUGACGCUUGGGCUCAACUUAAGGAGGCCGCUGAAGAACGUGACAUGGAUGAAAUUAUGGAGGCUGGCUGGAAAUAUAUUAAGGCCAUUGGUGAUCUUACAUAUCCUGCCCUCGAACGAGGUUUCCGCGCAACCAACGUCGGUGUUUACCUCAUUGCGAUUGAGAAGGAGCUGACGUCGACUUACACGAACAUGGACCUGCAAGGAAACCUAGAGAGAAAGUACACCGUCACCUGGCGUCUUUCGGACAAGCCAAUGCGCCCCAAGGAGAAGGAGUCUUGGCCAGCCACGCCUGAGGAGAACAUGGAACGACUCGCUGACGCUGGUACUCCUGUUGAUCGGGGAAUUCCAAAGUGCAGCAACUGUGAUGAACUGGGUCACAUGUACAAGAGUUGCCCCCAAGAAAAGCAAGAGGUUGACAAGGUGGUUGUGAAGUGCUACAACUGCGAGGAGAUCGGUCACCGUAAGCGUAUUAUUUUCGUUGUCCUGCUCUUGAUACUAACAACCCUUAGGUAUGCGCGACUGCCCUAAUCCUCGACCGGACAAAUUUGCCUGUCGAAACUGCAAACAAUCUGGUCAUUCAAGCAAGGAGUGUAAGUCUGAUCCAACAUGCAUUCGAUUGAAACAUAACGCUAAUUAUAACAGGUCCCGAGCCACGAUCCGCUGAGGGAGUCGAGUGCAAGAAAUGCAGUGAGAGUAUGUGCAUGAUGUUCUCUGUUUUAUAUGGUGCUAUGCUAACUCUGUUCAGUCGGUCAUUUCUCUAGAGACUGUCCACAAGGUGGAGGAGGUGGUGGUACUUGCCACAACUGUGGUGAGGAAGGCCAUCGCAAGUCGGACUGUACAAAUGAAUGCAAGGUUAUUUGCCGCAAUUGUGACGAGGAAGGGUAAGUUUCUCCCACUUUGCGUUUCCACUCCCCGCAGACUGUCACAUGUUCAUAUUGGCAUGUACUGAGGAAACAUACUGACAUUUCUUCUUUCUCCAAUAGACAUACCGGUAGAGAGUGCCCCAAGCCCCGUGACUAUUCUCGUGUCAAGUGCAGCAACUGUGAUCAGAUGGGCCAUACCAAGGUUCGUUGUAAGGAGCCACUUCGUGAGGAGAAUGAUGGCGGCGCAGCAGCUUUUACCAGCGAUGAUUUACAGGCUGUCAACAACUUGGCUAUCGAAGGUGGUGAUAGCUUUGGUGGCGGCAAUGAUAACUUCGGUGGUGAAGUUGAGGCUGCCGGUGAGUGGGACAAACCUGCUGCUACAGAAGCCAGCAACGGAUGGGACAACACUGGCCGUGGCAGCGGCGCUUGGUAAAUUGGUUCUUGGUUGAGUUUCCUCCAUUUGAUGAAUGCUUUUAUUUUCGAAAGAGAUAUUGUUGGAGAAGUGCUCUAAUCAAAAGCUGCAAUUUCGAUAUGACCACAAAGUCGGGGGAGAAAAAUGGAGUUGAUUUGUGGAUACGUAGCCAGUCUAGUUCUAGC